AUGUCCAAGGACGGUGGAUAAUCUAAUCAUUCAUAUGCAGCAAUUGCAAAAGAAGUAUAUUAAACAGGCUAAAAAGAAGGUUGGUCGACUAAACAAAUAAUGAGCAUGCUCUAAGAUCCAAAAAAAUUCUAGCAACUAAAAGAAAAGAAAAGUUCAAGCAGGAAUUAUCAGAGUCAAACUGAGGUUGUUAAUAGGCUCAUUGGAGAUCAUUAAAAAAGAUAACAAAAAUAGGCAGAAAUCUUAGCCAUUAAAGAGUCAUCUGAAAACAAAGAUGAAACAUUCAAGUAAAGAAGACUUACCCAUGUUAGAAGUGUAGAUUAAUUCUUUCUAGAUUAGCUAGAGUUUGAGGCUAGGAAAAAAGAAAAACUUAGAAGGAUUGCAGAGGAGGAUUAUGAAAGAUAAGUUUAAAAUUUAGAGUUAUCUAAAAAAACCAUUAAAUUUGCAGAGACAUGCAGGCUGUAAAGCCCAGAUUUUAUUUAGGAAAAAGAAAUCCAUGAGAGACUUUAUCUGGAACAUAAAGUAUUGAAGGAAUCACGAAAAUUACGGACAUAAUUGGUAUCUAGAAGCAGGAGUAAAUCGAGAGAAAAACACCAUGUUUCAGUGAAGAAUGUAGUUCGAAGAGUAUACAAUUAAGCUAUAUAAUAAAAAUCUGAGGUUCUAGAGUAGGCAAGGAAAAAAAAUGAGUUUGAGAGGAAUAGUGAGUCUUUACUUAAUCAAGAAAUGAAUGAAAAAAUAACAUCUAACUCUUUAAAGAUGAUUGAACAGAGACUAAAAUAAGAUUUGGAAAAGGUCAUGAAAGCAAGAUAGCUUACAAAUGAUAGCUUGAUAGAAUUAGAUGAAAUGAGAGAAAUCUUAAUUCUCUUGGGCUUUUGUAAUAGACAAUAAAGACAAUAAUCUGAUGUGAGACUUGUAAAUGAUCUAGGAAUAACACUAAUUCCAAAUGAAAUUAAACCUAAUAAUCUGCUAGAAUAUAAAAUUUUAAUGGCUAAUCUAAGAGAUUGUAUAUGGGCCAUUAUGAAAAUUGAUUAAUAAAAAAACUAAGAAUCACAAUAAUAUGAUUCAUAGACAAGUUCAGCAAAGCAAACUUAUUAUUCUAAUCAUAAUAGCAAGGCUAAAAUAUUCAGCUUUGAUAAAAGAGGUAGGGUCAUUUUAACUGCUAAGGAUGUAAUAUGGAUGUCUCAGUAUUUUUAGCAACUUGCAAGUAAUAGAAAAGAUUUUGUUAAUUAGACAAGAGCUCAACUCAGAAUGUUUAGAGCAACAUCAGCUGAGCAGGCAAACAGAUUUAGGCCUAAUAUAAGUCCAAACUCUCAAAAGAUAGCAUCAGUCAAACUUUAAUAAAAACUUAGGAUGAAAAUUAAAAAGGAAAUAAUCCGUUUGGAAUCGGAAAGAUUAGAGCAAUAGGCAUGCAUCUUUUAACCUUAGUUGGUGACCAACUAAGUAAACCUUUCAAGGUCUAGAUAAGAUUAAUCUAUUACUGAUCAGAUAGAUGGCAAGAAUCUUCCUAAGUGUGAAGUUCUCUACCUUUAAGGGUUGAAAAAGUAGAAAUCACCUGAUAGAUCCAUAGAUGAGAUACAAAUAGAAAAGGAGCCAAAUGAAUAUACAUUCAGGCCAAACUUAAAACUGUUUCAAAACGCAAAGCAUGAUCAUUCACGAUUUUAGAACAGACCUCCAAGUUCAUCUGAAGAAGCUAGUGAUGCUCCACUCUUGUUUAUUGAUAUUAACAUUGGUAAUGGCUUAAAACCCAGGAUUGUACUCUACAGUCAUGAUGAUCCUAAGCAGGUAGCAGCUCAGUUUGCAAGAAAGUAUUAACUUGAUGCUGAUAUGAGAAAAAAGUUAGUAAUUUUACUAAAAAAUCAUGUUUCAAAUGCCCUGACAUCAAUAAAUGAAGGAAAUGAGACAUUUUUGAAAAUGGUUCUCGCAUUAUUAAUCGCUGAACUCAGCCCAGAAGACAAAGCUCAAGCUACCUUCUUCGGAUAUAUCGGUAUUGCCGCUGCUCUAGUGUUCUCAAAUUUGGGAGCCUCAUACGGAACUGCUAAGAGUGGAGUAGGUAUUUCAAGCAUGGGAGUCUUGAAGCCAGAAUUGAUCUUCAAGUCAAUUGUACCAAUUAUUAUGGCUGGUAUCUUGGGUAUUUAUGGUCUUAUCGUCUCAGUCAUUCUCUAACAAAAAAUUACUGUUGGUUCAUAUUCCUAUGACCAAGGUUACAAGCAUUUAGCCUCAGGACUUUGUUGCGGUCUCUCUUCUCUCGCUGCCGGUCUAGCUAUCGGAAUCGUUGGUGAUGCAGGAGUCAGAGCAAAUGCUCAACAAGAACAAAUCUUCGUCGGUAUGAUCCUCAUUCUCAUUUUCGCUGAAGCCCUCGGACUUUAUGGUUUGAUUAUCGCCAUUAUUCUCUCACAGUGA